AUGUUCAUAACUUUGCUGCUCGUCGCGCCUGCCCUUUGCGAGUGGGUGGAGAUAUCCCAGCACCACGUGAGAAAACCAACGCGACCUCACCACUUCAGACCUGUCGAAACAGCGACGGAGUCCUUCGAGAAAACCACGAAAGAAACCAAGAUCUACCCCAACCAAUCCUUAACUGAACAUCCGUGGUCCAGAGGCAAUGUCAACAAAGUGCCAAAGAUAGGCAGCGUGCAGCGCGUGCAGUUGGACAGUAGUCCCAUAAAAGCACCAAGCUUGACAGUGAAUCCAGUGAAAAACACUUUGAAUGAAGAAAAUAUCAAGCCUGCAAAUAAGAAUUAUGCUAGUGAAAGUGUGUCACAUACCGACUUGAUGGAAAUUCAGCAACAUAAAAUAAAUAGUGUCCCUGAAAGUGAACGCCAUAACCCUUCAUACAAACACAGUGUAUCUAACAUUGAAAAACUAAACUUUCAAAAUUCUAAACAAAUAUUUCAAGAAAACAAAAAUAAGGACGAAAGAACUAGCACAAUUUUGAAUAAUAGGAAAAAAGGACCUUCACACGAACUGGAUCGGGUUAGUUUCAGUAAACCUGUGUCUAAAAAUCAAAAUACUGAUGAUAUUCAAGAUGAUUUUAAGUUUCCUGUCGUAAAACGUAACAAUAAUGUCACUUUACGACCACACUUAACAGAUUUCAGUUCUAACAAAGGUAACCGGAACUCUCUUUUCACAUCUGAGACAGGCGAACAUAAGGAGCAUGAUGAAAUAUCUGACACAAGACGAAAUGAUAUUCAUAAGUUCAAACUUUCAAAUUCCGGCAUACAGUCUGAAAAAGGUACCACCGAAAAUGUGUCGCAAAGAAAUAAACUUGCACAGAAUUCAAACGCCAACACAAGAGUAAAAUUCCCGGGAACAGAUGAUAAUUUAGAUCGCCACGGUAGUUUUAUCAAAACUAAACUACCAAACUCUGAAUAUGUAAAUGAAAAACUUGAAGAUGAUGAUAAUGAUGCUACAGUUGCCGAUGAAAGUGAAGAUCCUAAUUCUUCCGGAACAGAAGAUUUUAAUUCUGAUGAAAGUAAUUCCGGACCAGAAACUGAAGCAUCAAAUAACAGUAAAGCAAAUUCACUACAAAAUCUAAUGACUUUCAUGAAAGUUGUUGCUGACACUAUAAGAAAGAAUACAAGACGAAGUGUCAGUAGUAAGACAAGGUACUUGACCAAUUUGAAGAACACAAUCCUAGCAAACAUUGCGGAACGGAUAGACACAGCAUGGCCUGACGACGAAUCAGUCCACUCGCGGCAGAGACGAGCCGCGGCGAGCCCUCGCGGCCACGUCGAGAUACCCUCCUCGGAGAGCGCGCUCAUGACUAUCUCCUUCCUCACGUUCGCUGUGUUUCUUAUCAAGCUAGUGCUGCAAGUCAUCCAGACGUACAAGAACAAGGCGAUGAUGGUGUCUCCGGCGGUAGUGGCGGUAGGACGAGCCGUAGCAAAACGCAUCGCGAAACCCUGAAAUACAUUAAUCGUUAGUCUUAUCGAAUAAAUAAUGACAAAAUAA